AAACGGAGCAGGAGCAAGCUUCUUCCCGAGUAGAAAGCAAGAAGAAGGAGAAAAAAGUGUCAGAAAACAUGGAAGCGAAUCCCAAGUAGCUGUGUGUGCUCUGUUGAGGUGCUAGUGAAAAAAUCGAUUUUCGACCCGUAAAUCCGUGCAGAAAGAGACCUACGGCCGUCGGAAAUCGUGCCCAGCAUGAUGGAGCGUUUCGCGAUCAACAUUUUGCACAAGCGGAUCCAUAAAAUAUGCCGUUUGUGCGGGGUGGAUCAGCCGCACAAGAUUCCAAUUAUCGACGGGGCUGAAACCAUCAUUGUCGGCGACGAGGAUGAAGAAGCGUCGCUGGCGAAAAAAAUCGAGGAAUGUGUUGGUAUACAGGUCUGCAAAGACGACAAAAUGCCGCAAAAUAUCUGCUCUCUUUGUGUGGAUAAGAUCAAUGAUUUCUACGAGUAUCGAUUGAUGUGCGCUGCCACUAAUCUGCAGACUAGAACCAUUUUGAACUUGAAUUUGGUGGAACCGACACGGAAAUUGCUUAAUUUCGGUGAGCUGCCCAAAUUGGAACCAUCGGUCAAAGAGGAAGAGAAGAAGGAUGUGAAAAAGGUGGUGGAAGUUGCUACUAGCAGUAGCAGCAGCAUCAGUCCGAGUGCGGGAGGUAAGAAGGGCAAGAAGAAGCGAGGGCCACCGUCUCCUUCGCCAUCCCCGGGGCCGACGACCCGGAUUAAAGCCGCGGUAGAUGUCAAGGAUGAACCAGUACCGGCUGUUCCGGUGAAAGCCCUUACCAAGAAGGAACGUUUGAAGCAGUUGCAACAGCAAAAAGAAAAAGAAGAAAAGAAGCAAAAGGAGAAAGACGAAAAGAAGAAAAAGGAAGACGAUAAAAGGGAUCGAAAAGAAGACAAACAUAAGAAGGAAAAGGUGGAAGAGAAGCCAGUCGAAGUUGUUGAGCAAAAACACACGAGAUCGAAACGAAAGGAACCAUCACCGUCGAAGGAAGUGGUGGACAAAGUUGAGCCAACCGUUCCUCCUCCGAAGAAGAUCAAAUUUGAACACCCAUGCUCGUAUUGUUCGGAUGAGUUCAAGACACAAACCGAGCUAGACGGUCACUUAGGGGUCAAACAUCUGCCCAUGAUUCGCAAGUUUGGAUGCGGUUCCUGUCGGGAAACUUUCGAAACCAUUUUGGAAUCCAAGGAUCACAAUCUGUGGCAUCAGCUCACCCGUACCCUUUACACUUGCUUCAAGUGCAAACGAAAGUAUGACAAAAACAUGGCCCUAGUCAAGCAUAUGGCGCUGAACGCUUGCGGUCGUGUCGCUCGGGGACGACCGCCGACGCUUCUGCCGGACAUCCAAUGUCGUUUUUGCAACAAGAAAUUCAAGACCCAAAAUCUUUACGAGUGGCAUGGUUGUUUCCUUAAACCGAAGGCAAACUGUCCAAAGUGUGGCAAGUAUUUCGUCAAAAAGCAAAUCCUCACACGUCACUACAUGAUGUUCUGCACUGGAACACUGCCACCGCCAGAACCUGUAAUUGUCCCGAAAGCGGAACCGAUUGAUCCUGCUGAAAAACCUUCGUCAGGGUCAUCAGCCACCGCUAAUCCCGAACGCCGAACACGUCGUGCAGUCGUUGUUGAGCCAGAUCUGCCAAAGGAAGAGCGCGAAAUACCCUUUCCGCCUCCGCUUGAACUUGCACCGGAUGCUCCUGCUGCACCGUCUGCAAGCAAGAAGAAAACCAGUCGCAAGGUAUCCGUUCCGGAUGCGACGCUCAAACCAGCUACUCCUGCCGCGGAAGCAGAAAAGUUUGCAUCACUAUUGACCUCAGGCGCCAAGCUGGACCGCGAUACCGACAUUGCCACCAUCAACAAUCUGCUCAGCUCGGUAACGGAAGCCAUUGCUAGCAUUUCCGAAGCCAAGGCCAAGAAGAAAAAGAAAAAGAAGGACAAGAACAAGGAGCGAGCUCCAACACCAGCUGUCGAGGUGCCAAAGGACAUUCCGGAAGAAAUUCCUCCUCCGGCAGUGGAGACUCCUGCUCCGGCAGUAGAGAUUCCCUCUCCGGUAGUGGAGGCUCCCCCUCCUGUAGUAGUAGAUGACAGGACAGAGGAAGAGGUCCAAGCAUAUGAACUGGCUCAGGAAGUGGGUGGAAUGACGCUGGACCAACAGCUAGCUUUCUGCGCCGGUAAACUCCCGAUUGUGGUACUGGCAAAGACGACCUUCAAACAGGAAUGCACCGAGAUCGAUACGGAACCGUCGCAGCUGCAAGAACCGAUGGAUGAUGAAGACGCAGAUCAGACAGUUGAAAACGGAGCGCAAGAGGACAAUGGGUACGACGACGCAAUGGAUAAUUAUUCCGGUUUUCAGAAUGAGGAUGACGAUGAAUCAGCUCCGGAAGAUGAAGCUCCUUCUCUUCCCGCCGAAGUUCCAACAGAACAGGAACAUCAGCAAACUGAGGAACUGCCAUUCCCUAUGCCAAUCAAGCAAGAGAUCGAGCUCGAAGAGCCCGAAGAACCCGAAUUACCCUCAGCUACAACAGAAGCACCUCAACAGGAAGAAACGGCACCACCGGUGGAAGCUACUAAGGAAUUGGAGAAGGAACCUCUUUUCGAUGAACAGUUGGCUGUCAAUAUAAAGAAAGAACCUGGAUUGGAAGAUGAUCUGCAUCUGGCACCUGCUGCCAAAAGGAAACGUCCCGAAUCGCGAUCUUCUGCUGCUGCUUCUCCUGCUUCUUCACUAAGCUCAUCACAAAGCGCAGCGCAGAGUUCCCCCAAGCCACUACUGAUUCUAAAAAUUAAAAAAGAAAAGGGUUUGCUUAAUUCUUCCGUCGAGGCGGUCAAACAAAUCAGAACCAUUGUCCUAGAUGAUGAUGACGAUGAGGAGGAAGCAGGAGAAGAUGAAGUGAAAAAGCACGCCAAGGAGCCAGAGCCGGAACAAUCCAAGAAGAAGGUUUACAAAAAGCCCAACAGUUUGGCCGUUAGAAUCAAACAGGAGAAGAUCGAUCCUGCCUAUGAACGACAAGAGCAAAUUGUGGCUAAUCCGGCAGAACUUCCAGGUGGUAUUAGAAUCAAGCAGGAGCGGCUAGAUCAUGACGAGGCACCACCUCAACCGGGACAGGAAGAACAAGAAAAACAAGCCGAAGUUCCACCUCCACCGAAAAAAUCGCGUUCAUCCUACAACGAGAAACCCGCGUCUCCGAUCAUUGCAUUCGACGGGAUUCGUAUUAAGCGGGAAAAACCGGACGUAAUAGAACCUCCUGUCGAAACACCAUCCGUAUUUCCGGUGCAGGAUCCAAAGCCCCCAGAGAAGAAGAAAAAAUCGAAAGUCAAAAUCAACCCAUUCGCCUUGUUGCGUCAGAAAAUGGCAGCGGAAGCAGCGGCGAAGAGUGCCGCCACGGAAUCUGCUCUACCACCUCAAGCACCCUCCCCUCUUCCGGUAAUAACGAACGUAGUCGGAAACGCAUCAACGCCGUCUACGUCCACCUCUUCGAACAGUUUAUCCGGGGAAAAUACUCCGAUUGCCGAAUCGGAGACGGAGCCCGAUCGGACGGUACCAGUGAUAGCGCAGGUCACCUCGAUGGCUGCUGAGAAGACGAAAGCAAACGAACCAGAAUUCCCUAUUGCAAUCAAACAAGAACCGAUGGAUGAUGAGCAUGAGCAAGCAGAAGUGAAUCAGCAGCCGGAGGAAGCGAAGGAGGAGCGGCAAACCGAAGAUCAUCAGGCCGUCGAGGAUGAUUUCUCCUUGCCUAUCAAAGAGGAAUCACCGGAAGAAACGGCCAUCCCUGAUGAGAGUCCAGAGGAACCGGAAGAACCAGAGUUCCCAAUGCCAAUCAAGGAGGAGUUGGACGAAGAAUCUCAUCAAGAGGAAGCAACCGGAUCUCCUGAUUCCUCGGAAAAAGAAGAAACAACUGAGGAGCAAGUCACGGAAAAUGAGUCAGCAUUUGUGGAGUCGGAAAAGGAAAAACAAAAUGAAGCACCGGAUCAGAACGAAGAGAAAAAGAAUCAUCAAGAGGAAGCAAACGGAUCUCCUGAAUCCUCGGAAAAAGAAGAAACAAUUGUCACGGAAAAUGACUCAGCAUCUGUGGAGUCUGAAAAUGAAGCACCAGAUCAGAACGAAGAGGAAACGAAUAACCAAGAGGAUGAUUCUCCCCAGCAAAUACCGAAAGAGAUUAAAAAUCCAUCACCUGCAGAAACGGAAAAGGAUAACGAUGACGAGAUGGAACCGGCGGAAACCGCCGAUCACGCCGAAGAUGCAGAGCAAAACAACGAGCAGGAACUCGAAAACCAACAUCUGCCAGAGUCGAUCGAUGAGCCGGAAAAUUCCACGUCACCUAUCUCGGAUAUUCCAAUGGAUGAAUAUGAUCAGAAUUCGCAAGAACAAGAACAACCCGUUCCUGCAUCCAAUGAAAAUAUAGCCCCUUGUGAAUCACCGGCAUACCGAAAACCGGAAACAAGCACAGAACCGAGUGGCAUCAACAACGAAGCGAAUAAGACACCUGUCGAAGCGGCUCCACAAUCGCCGGACCAUCAGCCAAAUGUCGUUGAAGAAUCACCUCCAUCUGAACCUCCUGCAGCCGAACAGGUCGCUCCGGUAGCGGAACAUUCCUCCACUGUCAAUCCAACUACACCCUUGGAAUCGGAUCUACAAGAAUUGCAGAAUCUUCUUACGGAAGGUCUGAAACCUCUGUCCGUUCAGGAUUACGAUUCAGCACAGCUUCCUCCAGAUAGCUCAUCAUCCACUUCCAGCGGUGAACAGAACAUGAUCCAAAAUUCUUCCACUGUUCCCAGCGUUGGCAACGACGCCGCUAUCAGUGCAUUGGAUGAUGAUCUGGAAAGCUUGCUAAACAACAAAAUUGAGGAAAUAUCCGAUCAGUUUCGCCAGCCGGCGCCAGUGGAACACUCGACAGACGUCGCUCCGCAUGACGAACUCAAUCUAGCCAUCGAACGGGAACUGCUGCAUGAAAUGAUUCCCGUCGGAACGGACAACGGGUUACGAACAGAAAUGAUCCAGAUGCCGAACAGUACUGCUAGUGAUCAUAGUAACAAUACUCUGCUAGAGGUAGAACGCAAUUUACUGCUGGAAGGAACUGGCAGUAGCGACCAGCAGCCUUCAUAAUCAUCUGCAUAGUAAUUGAAUAAUUGUAAAUCCAUGUGUUUUAACCCCAACUUUAACUGCUGAUUCUGUAUUUGUAUUUAGUAGAAGCCUAAGAUUAGUCAAGUUCUUAGGCUGCACAACCCAACCACUCACAUAUUUCAAAACAUCGCGAGGUAAAGCAACUCAAAAAUUAUAAUUAUGUGUCCCGCUCGCCUGCAAAAUAUUGUGAAGCUCAUACAAGUUUGUAUAUUUUUUACAAUUACUUUCCUCUUGAGUUUUCCUCGAUAGACUCUCAAUAGAGAAGAAACCAAUUUUAAUUUCUUGAUGAUAAGAAAUAAAAUAGAAAUCUACUGUACUCUCUUUUGUUAGAUAUUUUUGUUGUAUUGAAGGAUUUCUUUUUUUUCGAAUCCAAUUGUAGCAAAAAACCAUAUUGUAAACCCUGACUGUAACAGUAGAUCCCAUCUUAUGUAUGUCAGUAUAUUGGAUAAUGAAACAGUUUUCGAUUUAGGAGAAACAAAAUCAAGCGAACAGUAGCAGCAAGAAACAGUGUAUUGCGAAAUGGACAGUGAAUUACGAUAUCGAUUAUUGGUAAAGAUAAUAAAUU